AUGCUCACAGGUGGUAGCAAUCUUUGUUUGGUCGAUGAAGUGAGUUCAGGUAUUGAUCCUCUUUCACGACGCAAGGUUUGGGAUAUCCUUCUCGCCGAGCGAGGUCACAGAGCCAUGCUUUUCACGACACAUUUCCUCGACGAGGGAGAUUUGCUUUCGGACCACAUCACUAUCUUGUCUAAAGGUACCCUCGCUGCGACUGGCACAGCUGUCGCUUUGAAACAUGAACUUGGUGGUGGGUACCGUGUUAAGAUCUACACUGAACAUCAGUUCAAAGAGCCUCGGGACUGGUCUUCAAUACCUCGCCGCAACCACGCCGAUCACGUUGUGUACAACCUACCGGACUCUAGCGCUGCCGCCAUAUUCGUCACCCGUCUUGAACAGCUUGGUGUUACUGAUUACCGUGUCAGCGGACCUAGUAUCGAAGACGUGUUCCUCAAAUUGUCGGCAGAAUUUAACAACGAUCACACGCUUCACGACGAUGCCACACCAUUGACCAACGUAUCUUCUCUCCAGUCGGAAAAAGGUCUUGAAUUGGCCAAAGGCAGGAGAAUCUCGCUCGGCGCACAGACUUGGGUUCUGUUCCGGAAACGUGUUACUAUCCUGCGCCGCAAUUACCUGCCCUACAUGGCUGCUGUUCUGAUCCCGAUCAUCGCUGGAGGACUUGUUACUCUAUUUUUGAAGGGAUUCAGGCCACUAAGCUGCUCGCCAGAGGAAUCCAGCUCAAGUGAGGAUAUACUUUCUUUUGCAAGUCUCGACGACGUUCUAGACUUUCCAGCUGGUCCAGCUUCUCAGGUUCCUACAACACUUCUCAACUCUUUGUAUCCUGGGCUCGGGAGCGCCGUUGCGCCGGUCGCGAGUGUUGACGCAUUUAUCGACUAUGUACAAGCCAACUACAGCCGUGUAUUUCCUGGAGGCUAUUUCCUCGACGCUCAGGGUGGCGCUCCUCUGUUUGCUUGGAGGGGCAACUAUGAGCUCGGCUACGCAAUCUUGACUCAGAACAUUCUGGAUAGUAGCUUGCUUGGAUCACCGAUUGUCACAACCUAUCAAGCCUUCCAAGUACCGUGGGCUCCCUCAGCUGGAGACACACUUCAGUUCAUUCUCUACUUUGGUCUGGCGAUGAGUGCUUACCCUGGCUUCUUCGCUUUGUAUCCGACCAGUGAGCGUGUUGCCAACGUACGAGCGCUGCAUUACUCGAAUGGUAUCAGAGCCUUUCCUCUCUGGCUUGCAUACACCAUUUUCGACUUCAUGUUCGUGACGAUUGUCAGCAUUGUUGCGAUCGUCAUCUUUGUUGGUGUCUCUAGGUACGUAUGCGAAGAUCUCUUUGAGGCGGGAUUCGGCUGUCAAAAUUCAAGAUUUCGUGCAGAAAAUCUUAUGUGUCCAUCGAGAGCCUGCCACGACGGAGGUUCUCAAUGGACAUCUACUAGCUCUUGCAUCACAUCCUGCAUUGCAAAAGUCGAAAGAAACCAUGCUAACUUACUUUGGUAG